CUGCGCCCACUGAGCACGUUUGCUAGUAUUUUUUAACAGGAUCGUGUUAUUUAUAAACAAACAAAAUGAAUAAAACCACAAAACGAAUAGCUGUUGUUGCGCCUAUAAUGUUACUUGGAGGAGUACUGGUGUGGCAUCUUGCCAGACGUUUUUUCUUCAGUAAAAAGAAGCUAAAAUUUAGAAGAACAGAUGGAUCGAUACAUCUGGUCACAUCAUCAGAAGAAUGGGAAAUAUUUUAUCCUCAACUCAUGUCAGACAUUCAAAACAUGAAGGUUGUUGGUUUUGACACGGAGUGGGUGCAUUCUGGCGGUCACCGACAUCCGGUCGCUCUACUGCAAAUUGCGUCUUACCGCGGCCUGUGUGCACUGGUUCGACUUUGUUAUAUGCAGAAUGACAUUCCCAGCAGUCUGGCUGCAUUUCUGUCAGAUAGGAGUAUUUUGAAAGUCGGAGUUGGUGUUUCAGAAGAUGGUCAGAAGCUGCUCAAAGAUUAUCAACUCCCUGUUCGCGGUGGUGUUGACUUACGAAAUCUACUGGUCCGAGUUCGAGAUGUCUUUCACUGCCCAAACCAAAGCCUACAGGGUUUGUGUGACGGAGUACUCGGCCAGAGUCUGGACAAACAGCAUGCUGUUAGAUGUGGCAACUGGGAGGCUCACACACUCAGUACAGAGCAGGUGGAGUAUUCCGCAGCAGAUGCCAUGGUUGCUGUAGACAUCUUCGUUAGACUGGUUCUUGGUAAACUGUUGGGCAGAACACAAAGAAACAAUCAACCACUGUCAGGAUGGCAUAAAAGCUCGGAUGACAGUUUCUCCGAGUACGAAUAUCAUGAAAAUCCUGACAUGGUGUCCGAGUCACAGUUUUGGCAGACGGCAACCUCGUUAUGUCAAGGAUUGGUAGACAGUACAGUUCGGAUUUCAAAGAAUCACUACAGCGAUUCAAGAAAAAGCCCAGAUAAGCGACCCGAAAAAGUGGAUAUGUUACGAGCAUACUCGAUUCGUCAACGACCUCUGUAUGACAACUGUCAGCUCAUGGCACCAGAUGGUCAGAUGCUGUGUACAUGCAAUGCCAGCAAAGCACAGUGGUAUAUUAUGAAAGGACUAGGUGAAAAAGUGAGCGAUGACCCUAUUGUUGUCAAGCUGAGGUUUGAGCCAUCGGGAAGGCCUGAGUCGGACAGAAACUAUUAUCUACAGGACAAGCAGAAUGUGUGUGUGGUUUGUGGGGCAUCUGACAGCUACAUCAGAAAGUUUAUCGUGCCGCAAGAAUAUAGAAAGUAUUUUCCUCCAUCUCUGAAAGACCACCGGUCACACGACAUCCUGUUGUUGUGUCCUCCGUGUCACCAGCUGAGUGCGCAGCAUGACAGUGUACUUCGACUGCAGCUGGCCGAUGAAUGUAGCGCACCACUCGACUCGGGUCUUGGAUGUAAGAGCAGACAGGACCAUGGGUUACAGAUCGUCAAAUCAUCUGCCAAAGCUCUGAAAUUCAGCAAUCAGAAGAUUCCAGAACAAAGAAAAGAUGAGCUCAGAAAAAUAAUACUGGAUCACUUUGGAGCAGCUUCCAUUACUGACGACCUUCUUGAAACCGCAUGCAGUAUAGAUGUCAGAAUCUUUAACGAUGACUAUGUAUCUCACGGACAGAAGGUUGUAAAUCAAUAUAAAUGUGAACAUGGCUUGGAAUAUUUGGAGAAAAGAUGGCGACAGCACUUUGUGGACAUGAUGAAGCCGCGCUAUCUUCCUAACAUGUGGUCCGUAGAUCACGAAAAUUCAGGGAUGGUUAAGUCGGACUUGGAGAAUCACAGGAAUAAGAUGAAAUGUGAGCAGCCUUCGACAUCAACUAGGACAUGAAAUAAAUAUUGUGAGCAUCCGUCCACAUCAAGCGAUGAAAAUUCUUCUGGGUUUUCAGCUGUUUGUUCAUAAUUUCCAUGUUCUUCAUCCAAAACUUAGGAUAUAGUUUGUGCUGAAUUUUUGUAUACAUUCUGAAUCAGGGCCACAAGUUUAGACUAUUGUGCAGCCCUAACCCUACGGCCUGUCCAGGGCUACCUCUGCCACCAGCCAACUUCCAUAUUUGCCAACUGCAACUGCAACUGAAAACAUAUGUGCGAAUUAUGAGCACAACUGAUGAUUUUAAUUUUGCAAAUUAUUUUGUUGAAUGAUUGAUAAUUUCUUUAAAAUACAGUAGGUUUCAGCAAUGUUUUUUAAUUUAACAGAUAAUUUUAUGAAAUAUUUUGUACACCAAUAGCUAGGCCUGUCAAUCUCAAUACCUGACCACCAAUAUAAAUAUUUCCAGAUUUUGUUUGUUAAGUUCUAAGAUCACUACCCAUCAGACACCAUCAGACAACCAAAGAGACCAAGUGAAAACUGAUUUUAUUUCUAACUACAGCAAUAUAUAAAACAAGCAAAGAAAAACAGUAUGCAAAUCAAUGUGUGCUGACAAGAUUAGCCCUUUCUCCCUGGUGCCAACAAUUAAACAUAAACACUCUCUUAUCUCAGCAGUAAGACAGACACUUAGGUUUCUUAAUUACACUCAGCCGGAUCAGUAUCUCCCCUCCCAAGUAGAAACUAUUUUAUAUGGCUUAAUUUACCCCCUUGAACUUGAACUACGAAUUUAAAGUUAACCCCAUAUAUUCUAACACUUCCACCAAUAAAACGUAAACUUCUCUUCAGAAGUUAACGCCAAUAAAAGGUAGAUUUAUUUUUAAGUAAAUAGGUACUCGCCCUAUAAUCAUUUUAGAGAAUUACACUUAUUUAUCCAUUGUCUAAUACAUAUCCAAUUAAAAAUAUUG